GCCCCUGGCGCCACCCUGGCAAACUUCUUUGCUCCUCCAGCUGCUGACUCUGCCAGGCCCGCCUCUUCUCUCCACCCCUCCCAGCCGAGCCGGGUAUUUAAAAGUCUGCCGAGAGGGUCUUGCAGGACAAACUUUCCGGAGUCUGCAGAAGGGGAGGGACAGCUUGAUCAGCAUGAAGUUCUUUGCUCUGUUUUUCACAGCGGCGUUGCUGAGUGCCUCCUGGGCAAAUCCCUUCUUCCAAGAUGAGCCAAAAUCCAAAUGGGAGGAAACGGUGGACGUUUUUUGGGACUACGUCACCAAGGCUGGGAACGUGGCGGAUGAUGUCACUGCUCAGAUCAGGACAUCACAGAUCAGCAAGGAACUGGAUGGCCUCAUCACAGACACCGUAGCUGAGGUGGACCUCUACACAGAGAAUCUGCGUUCCAAGUUUGGCCCCUACACCCAAGAACUGCAGGAGCGCCUUAAGACCGAAGUGUCCACCCUCACCGGAAAACUGAAAAAUGACAUGGAGGAGACCAAGAGCAAGGUGAUCCAAUAUUGCCGAGAUGCCCGUUUGAUGUUUGACCAUAACCUGGAUACAGUGAAGUCCCAGUUCAACUUGUUCAUGCGCAAGCUGAAGAAACGCCUCACCAAGGACGCUGAGGAACUGCGCCAGAAGCUGGGGGACUACACGGCGGAGCUGCGGGCCAACGCUGACGAAAAGGUCAAUGCUUUCCAUCAGAACCUAGAGCCCUACAUCACCAACAUCCAUGAAAAGGGACAGGAGCGAUUCCAGGCCCUGAAGCAAGCCUUAGGAGAGCAAGGAAGAAUGGUCCAUGAGCAGCUCAGCAGCCGUGCUCAGGAGUUCCACAGCCAGGUCCAGGAGAAACUCGAGGAGUUGAAAAACACCUUUGAACAGGCCAUUGAGAACCUACGCCAGUGGUUCAACCCCACCACGGAAGAGGUCGCCUCCCAGUAACGGACCACGAUGGAGCAGAUCAAGCCGCUGCCGGCGUAAGCCAUUGGCCUGCACUUCCAGCAAAGCUCCUGCUACAUUUCCUUGAAAGCCGAGGAGACCUCAAAGCUUCAGUCCUCUUGGUUGGAUGGGUCUUGACAGGCCAGGCAUGUAUUAACCCAACCUUCCCAACUGGCUGAGAACCCCCCCAGAUGUGUCGCACGGCACCAACCAGAAUUGGGGUGGCAAGCCAACUCAUCUGGAGAGGACCAAGUGGGGGAAGACGGCACUAACCUCAUGCUGCUUUGCACAAGCACCCCCCAGCACUAAAAUGUCUACCCUUUCUGCUGGUUACCCCUUCCAAGUCCUGCGUUAGUAACUGUUGCACUUGUGAAUUAUUCCUAGGAAGGUCUUGGAAGGGUUCCUCAUCCCCUUUCCCCUUCCCCCAUAACAAUCUGUACCCCAGACCCUUCCCUUCAUCCUUUGACCACGAUCCCUCAGCUUGACGGGUGUUUUCCGUUUUGAUCUGUAACAAUAAAAUGUACUUUGGAUGUGUA